CGAGCAGGCAGACUGAUGUUUGUAUCUUGAAGCUACUUUCUCACAUCUGCUCUAUACAAUAAUAACAUAUAGAAGCUCAGAACAGAAUCAGGGGUCGUCUGAUGAAAAUCAACACCAUGGAUGUCCGGGCAGUCAUCGCCAUGACGCUCCUCCUGUAUGUAGCUGCCGAUGACAGCGAGCCUGUAACAUUCGAGGGGGAAUAUUUCACAAUGAGGUGUCCAGGAGAACAGAAAUUGUUCAAGGAUAAUAGUGAUGCGAACAAUACUGUACAGUACCACGAUCAAACCAAAGGCUUGUAUAGAUGUGAAAAGGGAAAAUAUUUUUUCUACGUGAAAGCAAAUUUGUGUUUAAAUUGUUUCAACCUGGACGGAGCUUUGUUCGCUCAGGUCAUCGCUGUGGACAUGACCGGGACGAUAAUUCUGAUGAUAGUCAUCUAUAGGUGCACCAAGAAACGCUCAGCUGGAUCUACAAACACCUCAAAAGCACCUGCUCGUGCAGUAGGCCGUGCACCACCUGUCCCAUCUCCUGACUAUGAGCCACUGAACCCGCACACUCGCGCCCAGGACCCUUACUCUAUUGUGAACAGGACGGGAUAAAGUCACAUGACCUGACUGCACCAGGACACUGGUUUAAAGGCUGCACCGACAAAAGCAUUAACACCAUGCUCCCAGUUUGUGCAGCGGUGACCUGGAAUCUAGUUUGUGGGAUUUUCAGUAUUUGCAAAUUAUACUGAAAAACUACUUUCCUCUCCAGAAAUCAUCCCUAAAGAAACCAUCAACAGCGUGUAUAGAUUCAGGGGAAUGUUCACAUUGCUUUUGUGUGUUGCUGUAGAUUUGUUGCAGUCAUUUACAACCUGAGGGUACUUCAGCAGCUCAGCUUAUUUGAAACUGACUAAUUGUCAUGUUCAUGAUCAUGUUUAGGAAGGAAAAUAAUUACAAAAAUAACAUGGAAUUGCAAAAUUGGUACACUGCUAAUCUCAAAUGUGUUUAUUGUAACAAAAAUAAAGAGAGUUUUCUCCGGGAUCAGCUGUAAUUCCUUGACACAGAGUCCAUGGAAACAAGUCAUCAGAAUGCCUAGACAAAGCUCAAUGACGGACCUUUAAAAGAAAGGAAAUCUACUGGUUUUCUUUGCUGUGAAAUGAAACUGAACAGUUUUAUAAACCCGUUAUAUCAAUAGCUAUUGAAAGAGAGGGGACAGUGAAGAGGAACAGGAACAAAUCCUGCGCAGGACUCAGGUUAAGCGUGGUGCAGCAGGCAGAGGCAGUUCAAGACGUAUAAAUUCUGCUGUGGAGAUUAAGUGUUGUUGUUCAUCAACACUGGCCUCCGACCUCAUCACACAGAACUCUGUUGAUAUCUUCGUCGAUGUGUUCUGCAUGUGUGGCCCCGCAUUUUCAUACUGAAAUUUUUUUUACAUUUUUGCGUCAGUCGUGCGUUAACCUCGUCAACUCACACACUGGAUCUUCUGCUCUGCAUCGGCUCCUUCUGACUUUCUGCGGAUCUUUCCGCUCAGUCCCCUGGUAAAAAAGACUGCAAGAAGUCCGAAGGCUCUCACUCGGACAUUUGUAUUCAAACAUACAGCCUCUAUGGAGAAUGUCCCGAGGAUCUGCUGAGUUCAGAGCAUGUCUGAAAGCAGCUUAACAUAACUAAGAUGCUUUCAGACAUAUCAGACAUUUCAGACAGAUCGUGUUUAACCACAAAGAGUAAACUCAGUUUAGUGGAUUAUGUGUCCAGGUUGUGAGCCCUUUUAGAAAGGCAGUGUAGUAUAUGUCAGAUAAAAAAAAGCUUGAGAACAAGCGCUGUCAACUAAUUUGGAAGAAAUAUUUGAAAGCGGUGAGCAACACAGGUUUACUUUCAUGUCUGUUGUAUCUGUGUGAAGCCAGAAAUCUCUCUCUUGUUCUUUAAUAUCCACUCACCCCUCUGUGCGGUCCUGCAAUCCAAUUCAACUGUU